GUCCCAAAAAAUUUAGUUGAAGUGUAGGUAGCAUUAAUAAAUCCAAGAGGAACAAUAAUUUACAUCACACCAAAUAUCUUCCUACAAAACCUUAACCAUCCAUACCAACUCAAAGCAAAAAUUUCUUUUUUCUUAAUAAUGUCUAAAACAUUCUUCAUCCUCUUCCUGUCCUCCCUCUCACUCCUCUCAGCACUCGCCCAACGCGAAGAGUUCGAAUUCUCCGGCUUCAACUCCGGCAACAGUAACGGCAACAUAGCCCUCAGUGGCAUCGCCGAGGUCGAUAACGACGGCAUCCUCCGGCUCACUAACGAUACUCGCCGUCUCAUCGGCCACGCAUUCUACCGCGUCCCCAUCCGUUUCAAGAACUCCACUGACGGCUACCUCUUCUCCUUCUCUACCACCUUCGCCUUCGCCAUCGUCCCGGAAUAUCCCAAGCUCGGCGGCCAUGGCCUCGCCUUCACCAUCGCCAACUCCAGUUCCCUUCCUGAUGCCCUCCCUAGCCAGUACCUCGGCCUCCUCAACGCCAAAAACAUCGGCAACGCCUCCAACCACCUAUUUGCCGUCGAAUUUGAUACUGUGCAGGACUUUGAGUUCGGGGACAUCAACGACAACCACGUCGGGAUUGAUCUUAACAAUCUAGCCUCUAAUAAGUCCGUUCCCGCCUCUGUGAAUCUCAAAAGCGGUGACACUACUCAAGUUUGGGUUGACUACGAUUCCGCACGCAAGGUGCUCGACGUAUGGCUCGCUAACACUUCAACAAAACCUGCUAAUCCAAUUAUUUCUUACGCUGUUGAUUUGUCCCCGAUUUUUCUUAACGAGAUGUAUGUUGGUUUCUCGGCGUCAACGGGACUGCUCGCCAGUUCCCAUUAUUUAUUUGGCUGGAACUUUAAGAUGAACGGGGUGGCCAAAUCGCUAGAUCUCUCCUCUCUUCCAUCACUACCGAAGCCCAAGAAGAAAAACUACGCCUUGCUCAUUGCUGCCCCUGUUUCCGCUCUGCUUUUCCUCAUCGCGGCCCUCGCCACCGCCGGCUACCUUAUAUACAAGAUAAAAACCGCUGAUGUCAUCGAGGACUGGGAGCUCGUUACGGGCCCGCAUCGUUUUUCCUACAAGGAGCUCAAGUACGCCACCAAGAGGUUCAGAGAGAAAGAGCUUCUAGGACAGGGCGGGUUCGGCAAAGUUUACAGAGGAGUUCUUCCCGGGACGAAAGAAGAGGUCGCAGUGAAGCGAGUCUCCCACGAAUCCAAACAAGGGUUGCGCGAAUUCGUGGCAGAGAUUGCCAGCAUAGGCCGGCUUCGCCAUCGCAACCUUGUCCGGAUGCAGGGCUGGUGUCGGCGGCGGGCCGAUCUCCUCUUAGUCUACGACUAUAUGCCCAACGGAAGCCUCGACAAAUACCUAUUUAGCGGAGAUGCGACAACGCCGCUACUCCCGUGGUCGAUUCGCUUCCGCGUCAUUCGCAGCGUGGCGGCAGCCCUGCUCUAUCUCCACGAGGAAUGGGAGAGCGUCGUCCUCCACCGCGACGUUAAGGCUAGCAACGUCCUCCUUGAUGGAGAGCUCAAUGGCCGCCUCGGCGACUUUGGCCUCGCCAAGCUCUACGAGCGCGGGGCGAACCCGAGCACGACGCGGGUGGUGGGAACGCUUGGUUACCUCGCGCCGGAGUUGACGCGAACAGGUAAGGCCACAACUGCCACCGACGUCUUCGCCUUCGGGGCGCUAGUGCUUGAAGUGGUGUGCGGGCGGCGACCGAUAGAGCCCAAGGCUUUACAGGACGAGCUAGUAUUGGUCGAUUUAGUGUGGGAGAAGUGGACGGCAGGAAAGUGGAGAGAAGCGGUGGACUCGCGUCUCGCCGGCGAGUUCGACGACGCCGAGGUGGAGGUGUCUUUCAGGGUGGGUAUGAUGUGCUCGCAUCCCUUACCGGCAGCGAGACCUGCGAUGAGGGAUGUGGUAAGGUUUUUUGAGGACGGGGAUCCGUCAGGUGUGCCUGAGCUUCCAAGCUCGCCGCCUGCCGGCGGGCAUUUCUAUGAGGUGGGAUUUGAAGAUUUCGUGCACUCUUACCCAUCUUCUUCUUUCGAGAAGGUUUCUUGGCCAUUAAGCUUCAGUCCUAACGGUGGCACUACGGGUGGGAUGACGGCGACAGAUGAGGCAGCCACCCCAUUCGUGUUCUCUACGGUUGUGUAAUUUAAAUUAAUUGCGGCCGCUCGUUCUGCUAUACUCCACACGAAUACCGCGCACGCGUUUGUCCCAAUUGUUAUUCAUGCACGAUGCAUCGCUUAGAUACGGAAACUUUAUCCUCGAUGAUUACUAUUUUUAUGCAUGUAUAAUAUUUCAUAUCUUCUUCUUUAA